GGACAACAUUUCAUCAUUUGAAUCAGAAUACAGAGUGACAUCGUUGAGUUUUUUGAGAAUGAACAGAAAAAGACAUGGAUGACGACGAGCUCGAUGAUAAUCAACCAGAAGAAAGCAAAUACGUUGUAAUAAAAUGUGGACUUCAAACAAUCCUGCGACAACAACAUGAACGGAUUGAAAGAGUUGGAGAAGCUGUGACCAAAAUGCUAUUCGAGCGCAGUGUUCAAAUGACAGAAGUGGCAGCAUUGGCAUCACUUUUUAUUCUUUUUAUUUUGAAUGAAGCACUUGAUAAUGACGAUCGUGCAUUUUUUUUGCAACCACAUCCAAGCCUGUUCAUUGCCGAUUGUUUCAGAGCGGUAUUAAACCAACACGUUAACAAUAUUAAUAGUCAAUAUCGGAUAUUGCCCGAGUUUCGUUUCAUGGUAGAAAGAAACAGUGAAGAACAGUUCCGAUGGCCAGGUGAUGAAAAGUUGGGAAAUGGUUUGAGAUAUUUUUAUAAACAAUAUAUCACAAACAUUCAAACCAAUACCAACACAUGGUGUGAAAAACGACUUGAGAAUUUUUUUCGAAUGCGUUGUUGGUAUCGCAAUCGAUUCAACAAUGGCUCAAGAUUUGAUAGCAUCGACAUCAGAAAUGCCAAAGAGUUUUCAUAUCGAUUUAAGAAUUUAAAUGGUAAUAAUGGUAAUAAUGUGGAUCCACAACGCGUUGAAAAAUUCAAUAUUUUAAUGAGAGAUUUGACUGAAAUUGGAUGGUCGGGAACAGUGAGUAUGAAAUUUUUCGCAAAAUAUCGUUGGUUUGAAUCACUGUGGUUGUUCGGUCAAAUGCAACGGCAAAUAGAAGUGUAUCACAGUCAUGCCGAACAAUGGAAUACCAUUCAUGAAAUGUUUCGUAACAAUCCGAACUUUCAAGAGCCAACAAUCAAUCGACCACCAAAAAUAAGCAGUUUUGCUCUUAUACCAUUAUGCGACUACCAUUUGAAAAACGUGCGAUUGGACAUUACGGACCUGUAUAAUAAAAUUGUAAACAAGCUUGAUUUGGUGCCUUCUUUUCUCAAUACGCGGACCAACCGGAUGAAUAAGAGAAAAGUAGAGUACUACACCCAAACUGAUCGAUCAGGUCUAUGGAAUAUGUUGUUCGAUGUCGGUAAAAUAAAUAAAUUGGGCAAAUCGAAACCAUUCCAUCAUCAGAUUUUGACCGAUAGUGUUUCAAUAUCCAUAAUGUACAAGAAACCACAGCGACAACAACGACCACAGCAAACAACCCAAGCGAAUCGGGGGCCGGAAAAACUCAUUGGCAAGAAAUACAUCAUUGGAAUCGAUCCGAAUGAAAAAUCGUGGUUAACUGUAGUGCGUCGCAACAUUCAAAAAACACCUGAUGAGCCGGCUGUUGAGGAAAACAUUAUAAUACCAAACCAGCGUUUUCAUUGGGAAACUCAGCAGAAAAAACGAGACAAAGAAGCGAAAAAGUUGGCUGGAUGGUUUGAUAUCGAAGAGAAGAAACAUCUCAAAACAUACCCAUAUCGUCCACCAUCACCACGUAAUUCAACAUGGAAAUCAUACAUUGAAUAUCGCAUUAAAAUGUUAAGAAAAGGAAUGGCAGCUUAUGCGACGCGUGAAUAUGCACGACUGGAUUUAGACCAUAACAUUCGCUCGACCAGAGUAAAUGAUCAAAUCGCCGUGCGUGUGACAAACAACAAACCGUCGUUGGUUCAAUUUGGUGCUUGGGCGAUGAAACCCGAUCGACCGUUUGGAAUAAAAAAGCUUAAAAGAUGUCCGGGAUCGCGUAAGUUUCGUGUGAGCAUUAAGAAACUUGGACAUUCAGAAGUUGAAAUGCAAGAUGAAUGGGGAACAUCACAAACAUGCGCGAAUUGUCAGGAACGUUUUCCAAGGCACACAAAAGAUGAUCGAUUUAAAGUGUGCUACGAUUGUAGAGCGAAAAAGAUUGAUGGCCUGCCAGAUUCAGUCGCUGGACUGCCAGAUAUCAUUGUAUCAACGGUCAACAGACGUGUUUUGAGAAGAAAACGUGCAAUUAUUAAGCGACAAAUUAUCGAUGGCAAUCGUGAGGCUGUGAACGAAAAAAUUCGGACUGGGCGUUUAAUGUCAAAGGUUAAAGUUACCUACAAAAAUUGGCCAUUAAAUGAUGAUGAUGAUGAUGUUGUUCCACAAACAGUUACUUGGCACCGAGAUAUUGUUGCAGCAAAAUGCAUUAUGCUCAAAGGACUUUGCCGGAUCUUUGAUGUACCAUUGCCAGUUUCAUUGUUAAGACCGCCGGACUAAAACAACAAUGUCAACUAACAAACAUCAUCAAUUAAUCAUACAUUCAAAAAAUUACAUAAAAUAAAAUAUUUUAACUAUUAUAGUUAGCUUAGCUAGACAUGAACAGACUAUAUAAAGUCUUGUGGUCUAGUUGUACAAUAGUACAACAUUGUACGGAGGGGGAGUGCCCGUAGGUGAGUAAAGUUUUUAAUUUAAAAAAAGUAUUUUAUACCCAGUUCAACUGAUACUAAUGGUUGUCUUUCCCUUUUUCCAUGUUUUCACACCUGAAUGUUCCACCAUGCCAAACCUAUGGAAAUGACUGAAACUACACACGAAUCUAACCCCGAAAACGACCGUCAAUAUGUGCUUCAUAAUGGAUGCAUUUGCCCUAUCAAUUGUUUGCUGGGUAGAGUGAAAUAGAAAAAAAUGUUCAUCAUUAUAUCUCACACAUUUGAAAAAAACGGUUCUUUUUACCUGGUAGAAUUUGUCCAACUGUUUCUUGGGCUCUUCCAAUCUCAAUGACAAAGAUUAAAAAUAUUAUGAUUGUCUCAUUUUGUGCCAAUGUUUAUGCAACAGAUAUUAUAUGUAAUCGAGUGGUUUCGUGGACAAUUAAAAAUCAAGACUAUACGCCGAUAAGAUGACAGUGGACGAUGCUCGCACGUCAAUUCCAAAAAUAAAUGAAGAAAGCCUACGCUCGCUGAAAAUUGAUCCAUUUCCAAAUUUUGUAUACGGAUCCAUGACCGGUGCACUUCAAACAGAAAGAAA